AUGGCUGAAUACUUGAAAAAGCCCUUCAAAGACAGUCUGGCUGAUAUAAAAGAACGAAUGAAAGAGAAGAGAAAUCAGAAAUGGAUGAGGUUGGGUAAAAUCAGCCAGAUCUCCACUGUAAAGUGCAAAAUAGCAACCAACAGCUCCAUGCAAAUGAAGAGCAUCCAAGCAAACAACAAAGCUCUAGCUCAGGCUUUGCAAGAAGAAAAGCUCAAACUGAGGGAUGCCGAGGCUACCAUCCUUCAUUUAAGGAAAGAGUAUCAAGAUCUGAAGGUUCACAUGUUUGACUUGCAAAGAAAUCUUGGGUUCAAGCAAGCACAAGGACUUGUUGAGAAUCAACUGUCAGCCUUGAAUGAGAUCAUUUCAAAAGUUUCUCAGAAUUUACGGGACUCAAUUGAUCUCCUUAGCCCAGCAAAGAAUUUGUGUUCCAUAGGCAUAAAUCAGAGAGUGCUUUCUUCAGUUCUUGAAAAUAAUUCCGAUGUCGUAGGAGAAAUACAUUCAGUAGGACAUCUACAGUGUGCUGAUGGAGAUGAUCAAGUACUUCCAAGUGUGAUGGAGGCUGAUAGCGAUAGAAAUGAGCUGGCUCAUUCUGUGUCAGAGAUCUGUGAGGAAUCUGACAAUGUUAUUUCCUUAAUCAAAAUAGUUCCAGACAAAGGACGAACAUCUGAUUUUCAUCUGGACAACACAGGGUCAGAGCUGGAAAAGGUUUCUUCAAGUGGAGAGGAUGGAUUUGGUAAUGUGUUACCAAAAAGUGUGUCCACCAGGCGUCGCUAUUCAAAGAUGAGAAAUCACAAUGAACUUUGCACUGGUGUCUUGGACCAUUCAGAAGCACCUGAUUCAACAAAAGAGCUUUCUAAACAGGAUGAAAUUAGACUUGAGGAAAGUCUAGAGAGGUGUACUAUAGAAAACAUAAAUUCAGAUAUUUCUCAGUUGAAUGAAAACAAGGUAGGUUCAGAGCUGCUGUUGAGGCGGAUAGAUUCUGAAACUGCACAGUAUAACUUAAACAAUAAUUCUGAUCUUAAACAACACAAGUGUAAAAGCAGAAAAGACUCUCAAGUAUGGAAAGAUAAGCGUCAGAAGGGAAAACUGGAACGGCCUAAAAAUAAUUCCAGACAAAGACCGAAAAAACAACAGGGUAAAGAGGCUUCCAAAGAAAAGUUGGAUUUCUUGGGCGGCUCCAGCGAUGCUUAUGACUUUCAUUUUGAGGAGAGUGUCCAUGUUACACCUUUUCGACAAAAUAAGGUGAAUGACACAGAUACUCGUGUGGAUGACAAAGACUUAUCUGAAACAAAUACCGUCGAGUCAAGUGAUAUUGAAGAUUCAGAUGAUAGCCUCUAUGAGCCUUACACGAAUAAAUCAAAAAAAAGGAGAAGUUCAGUGGACAAGAAAGAUACAUCACCAGUCCAUGCAAGACCAAGGUCUAAAAGAUGUUUGGCACAGCGUGAGCAAAAACUCCAUAAUGAAAAAGAGACUGAAAGCAAUAAAUCAAGUGACAAGUCUAUUAGGCAGCCUUCUGAGCCAUCUCGUGGUCAUCUUUGUGAUGUUACCAAUACCGCUUCAUUGCUUCCCAGAAUGGGGAAUGCAACUAUUGUCCCAGAAGGUGAAGGACUACGAUCUCCAAAACGCAAGCGAAGCUGUACUCUUACUGUGAACUAUAAAGAACCAAGUAUUGCAGGGAAACUGAGGAGAGGAGAUCCAUUUACAGAUACACAUUUUCUGCAUUCUCCAAUUUUCAAGGAGAAAAAAGAUGCUAAGUGCCAUUCUCUUAAGAAAGAAUCUCUGUCAAAAUACAAUGAGAAAUUUGUUGGUUGUCGUUGA